AUGAAAGCUAAAAGUGAAAAUAAAGAUUUAUCUUUGUAUUUACUCCAUUAUAGAAAUGCUCCUGUAGCAGGGUUAACGUGGUCUCCGGCACAAAUGCUACAAAGUAGAGUUUUAAGGUCAAAAACUAAUAGUAUAAAUAAAAAAAUCUUAUGUCCAACUGUGGUAGACUGUUCUGAAGAGAAUAAAAUACAAAAGCUAAAACAAAAAGACUGGUACGAUAAAACUGCUACAUAUGUUGAAAAAGAAUUUAAACCAAAUGAGCAAAUUAUGUUACAAAAUAAAUUUACAAAACAAUGGUCCAAAGCUGUUGUUCUGAGUAAAACGAGUUGGCCAAGAUCUUACUUAGUGAAAGAUGAAAAGGGAAAGAUACUGAGGAGAAAUACAAUAUUUAUGAGAAAAGUGAGUAGCUAUGACUUGGAUUUGAAUGAAAGUGAUGACGAAGUUAUAGUUAGUGAUGAUUUGGAUAAAAAAGAGGUAGAGAAAGUUGAGAAACAAGAGAGCGAGGUUGGUACAAAUAUUAAUUUUAAAACCCAUAAAGGAAGGGUAGUUAAAAAACCUAUUAGACUAGGCAUUGAUGAUUAA